CAUCAUGCGCAUUCUUCUCUGGCCUUGUCCCCUCGCAGCUAACCCCUUUGGCUUGGCUUGGCGUCACUCACCUCCUCUAUAAAACUCUAGCCUCCUGCUUGCGUCUGCAGCUAACUGAAAGCGUCGACGUCGAUCCAUCAUCAUAAGGUAGCCACACCCACCACCAGGUCUGUGCAUAGGUGAUCGGUCCCAACGACGCCGGCAGCGAAGUCUAUAUGGCGUCCUCAGGCGUGACGGGGUCGCCGUGCGGCGCGUGCAAGUUCCUGCGGCGCAAGUGCGCGGCGGAGUGCGUGUUCGCGCCCUACUUCUGCGCGGAGGACGGCGCGUCGCAGUUCGCGGCGAUCCACAAGGUGUUCGGCGCCAGCAACGCCGCCAAGCUGCUGCAGCAGGUGGCGCCUGGCGACCGGAGCGAGGCGGCCGCCACGGUGACCUACGAGGCGCAGGCGCGGAUGCGCGACCCGGUGUACGGCUGCGUCGCCCACAUCUUCGCGCUGCAGCAGCAGGUGGUGGCGCUGCAGGCGCAGGUGGCGCAGGCAAGGACGCAUCUGGUGGCGGCCGGCCACGGCCACCCGCUCCUGUACCAGCAGCAGGCGGCGUGGCAGGUGGCGGAGACGUCGACGACGCAGAGCAGCUCCGGUUGCUACAGCGCGCACCGCUCUGACGACGGGUCGUCCAUGCACGCGCCGGCGGAGAUGUACUGCUUCGGCGAGCAGGAGGAAGGCAGCUACUAGCCAGCUGCGGAGGAUUCGUUCAGAGAGGACGUACGCUAGCUCACGCGGCGCCUACGAAUUUCUCCUUGUACUUGUUGCCUGUCUUGGCUGUAAAGGGUGCGGCUGGUCGUGUGUUUGAGGAUCAAGAACAACUCAUAAAUUGGAGUGUUGAGAACUUCUGUUUUUUUUUUUUAGCUGGGACGACUUCUGAACUUUGUUUUUUGAGCGAGAGUGUUGAGAACUUGUAAUGGUCAGGUUGACUCUGGAAUCUGGAUGGACGGCUUAAUGUGCA